AUGGAAGCAGCCAGACCUCUACCGAAGCCACGGACUGUGUUUAUGUCAGCCCGUAGGCUGGUAGAUGAUCAGCCGACAGCCAACUAUAAAAAUGAACGCUUUGAGGAAGAAAAUAAUAAGGAAGUCAACCUUAAUGAAGACAACAUUAAGGAAAGCAAUAUUAAAGAAGAUUUGAAGACAGAUGGCAAUAAGAAUGUUCAGAGUAAUGUCAAUGGCGGUUUCGAGAUCAAACGACCAAAGAUAAUAUCAAAAGGAAGCAGAGAAGAAGAAAGGACACGUAAUGAUCCUUCCACAAGGCAUAAUCUUGUAGUAGGAGGUAUCGUACCAAGCUUUAGACAACCAGUUGUAGAACGUACAGUACCAAGGGUUGAUCAACCUAUAUUAAAUCGUUCAGCACAAAGUGUUAGACAACCUACUGUAGACCGUUCAGUAUCAAGCUUUGAACAACCUAUAGUAGGUACGAAAGUAAACGAAAAAGAUCAACAUUGUACUUCAACUUUCUUUACUGAAGCCAAUCAGAAUGAGCUAGAUUCACAAGUGCCAGAUAGCCCAGCCUGCACAUGUGAAUCCUCGCAUCUUCAGUACUUUGACUUCUCAAAGCCCUCGAGGCAUUCCACAACAACAUUUGAUAUUCAGAACAGUACUCACGGCUUUGGAAGUGAAGAAAAAUUCGAAAGCAAAGAUGACCACGGUGCUUCAACAUCUAAUGAAAACACAACAACAAUCUUUCAAAGCCCUACAACGUUCUUUCACAGCCUCUCUGACACAGAGCAACGACAAAAUGCCAAUAUUGAUCCAAACCAAUCUUUAGGUAACAAAACAGUUGAUGUUCAACCAGUGCGAGCUGUUCAAUGCGUACAAUCGCUUCCACCUAAUGACAUUUCCGGUGAGUUAAUGUGCCGUAAACCGUAUUCAAAUAGAAUCUUGUUAUAUGAAAAAGUGCAUUUCAAUAAUUUCAUUUCCUGAGGCAAAACAUUUUCCAAAAAUUUCGGAUUAAAUCCCCCUCAAAAGGUCAGUAAUUGCGUUUCUUUGCAGCGAAUGACCAGCUCCGGGACCGAAGAAUGUCCAAGAGUCUGAAGCUGGAGGAUGUCAUUGCCGCAUCGAAUGAGGUAUGUUAAUAUGGAUAGCUGUUCAAUUAUUACUGUGCCUCCUCUCAGAGAAAAUUUUUGAGGUUUGAGGGCACAGAAUUAUUUGAACGUGAGUUGCCCCCUAUCCCCGAAAAUUUGCUCUGAGAUGGCGCACAAAAUUAUUCGUACGACCUAAUAGAAACCUCAAUAUUAUAGGAAAGACCAAAGUUUAACCUAGAAUCCCUGGUUGCUCCGGUACUACUUGACCAGAACAAUGUUCAAAAAGAGAAUUUACAAGGCCUACGUAUGUCCAUUCCUCUACAAACAGAACAAAACCAGCUAUUAUGGCAGAAAAUAAUUUAUUCUCAUCCGAUUUGGUACCUACAAGGCCAAUCUCGACAUACUGUUAGCCAUCUACUACAAGUUAUGCAGCCUGGGGUAUGCUUUUAAGUCAUUAUUUUUUGUUGUUCAACCCAUUUUUAGCUACCAAGCCUAUCCAUUACAUUAUCUUACAUUCUCCAUUGUUACCUCUGGCCAAACGUUACCUAAAAUUUCAAAACCUAGUCAAAAAUUUAACAUUACCUUUACCAAAUCAAAAACGGAACUUCAUAAUAAGAUUUCCUUUUCAGAACUUCAUUGUAAGAUCGUCCAGUCGUGCUGAUUCAAUGGCAUUGAGCAUCAAAGUCAGUCCAACACAAGUUCGUCAUUACCUAAUUGAAAAAUACAAAAAUGGCGUCAGAUUAGAGAAGUCGGUAAAAGUGUUCAAAAGCCUGCCAUUUUUAAUACAAUACUACUGCCAAAAUAGGUAAGACUUGCUUAUAAAGUUAAAAUUGCUUUAUGAAACAGAGCGAUCUUUAGAAGUAUGUUGACAGUAAAAUCAACAUAAUCCUACAAGCUUCAGAAUUCUAGAAACUUUUUGACCGUCAAAAGCUCUAAGAUAAACCAUUUUUAUAAAAUAAACCUAUAUAUUGCUUUAAAACCAGCUAAAACUUCAAUUUUGUCGGUAAAGUACAAAAAACCGACUGAUUGUACGUUUUUUCCAUAAACAUUGCUGGAAAUGCAUAAAAUUUCACAUUUUUUACCCAUAAAACAAAGUUUUGUCCAGGUUUUUUUAAAAUUUUUAAUGAGUUCUAAAUCAAAGCUAGAAAAUGAGGAAAAGUAAGUGAUUUUUGAUUUAGUUUUGGAUGAAUUUUAUUAAUCUUUCAAUAGGAUUAUAGUCAAUUUUAUGUUGAUAUCAAUGUCAACUUCGUCAGAUUAAAAAAAUUUUUUUAAAAGAUUUUAGAUAUGAAAAUCCUUUUUAAUAGUCAAAUAUUGUAUUAUAUAGUUCAUUUUUUGGAAAAGGAAUGUUUUUUUACUUCUUCCUGCCUUUACAGUUUUUUGUCAAACGAAAAAACGACUGAAAGUGAGAGACGGCACAAAAGUGAGAGAGCGGUUAGAGACGUUUAGGGACAGUGCAAAAAACGAGAGAGUGUCGGACGAAAAAAUAAAAGACAAAAUUUUGUCGCAAGAAAAUCGAAAAAUAAAAUUUAAAAAAAAAUCAAAAAUGAAUUUAUGCAAAAUUGUGUUCGGUCGUUACCAGUGGACCGACACCUUGCACUAUAUUGUUAUACGACUAUUAUUGUUUCAGUGACGGGAUAGUGACGUGCCUGCGGCUGCCUGAAGAGAUUCUACAGUGUGAUUCGUUGAUGUGUCUGCAGAAGUUGGCAUUACUGGGACCAGGUAGGGCUUUUUUAAUGUUUUUUGGCUAAAAAUUUGCAUAAUUUGAUUAUGUAAACUAGGUAGUACAACUUGAAUAUUUACAGUAAAAAUGCACAGUAAAAUAUUUUUUUGCAAUUUCGAAAUAUUAAAUUUGUAAAUUCAAGUCCAAAAUCCCAAGUUUCAUUUUGUUUUUGGCCAAAAUUUACUUGAAACAUGAUGGAUCACCAGCUGAAUGGGCGCUCUUGAUCUUCUAAAACAUGACAUAGAGCAUCAAAUUGUUUUUAUGACAUUUUUGAAGGAUUUCGAAGACACUUUUUGGACGGGAAAGUGUGCAAAAUUUUUUACUUUUUAAAAGCGUUAAAUCUUCUGUUAAUAUUAUUAUACUGGGCCAAUAGGUAGGUUAAUAUAUUAGGUUGUUAUUCUGUGCCUACAUAAGAUCAUAUAAGAAAGUAUACGUUAUAAGUACGUUAUGACAACUUUUUUUAAUUAUAUUAGGUUGUUCAAAUGAUUCUGUGCUUGUUUUCUCCGAAAAUUUGCUUUGACAGGGGGAUCAGGUUUUUUGAACAAAUUGCUAGUGUAAUAUUGAUAAUGGUGUAUUAAGUGCAAUAUGGCUUCAUUGUGAAAGAUUUUUUGGCUUCUUAUUGUAGGAUUAUGUCUUGUGUUUCUAUUGGGUUAUGUUAAGGGUUUAAAUUUCUAGUUUUAGGUUGAUUUUGGGCUCAAAAGUAGUAGGCAGGGCAUGUUAUAGUAGGCUAUUUCUCUGUAUUAUAAUAUUAUGCUGAAUAUUAGCUAAAAUAAUAUAGGGAUUGGGUUACAAAAUACAUAACAAUACUAAACGAACCUUAUUCUUCUUCAAAACCUCCUUUAAAAGUUCGAGGUACGUUUGAAAAUGGCAUUAUUGGCUAUUCUAAGGUCGGUCACACUCGUUCUAUGUACGCUAUUGUUAAACCUUAAAAAGGCCUGUCUUUAGGGCUAAGUCUAUAUACUUUACUGUUAAACCUCAAAAACACAGCAGUACAAACUACUAAACCAACAAAACAAUCAAACAAAUUUUACAAUACCGAUUAAACAACCUUUCCACCUUGUUAUAAUGAAACAAUGUGGCUAAGGUUUUAGUGACCCAAAUCUGUUCACGACCCAAUUAUCUCCCGGAUUAAGCCGGCGGGGUUGUUUUCCCUCCCGCUAAUCCGAUGACAAAAGCUGUUUUCCUAGCGUGAAACCGAUCCGAACACCAACUAUUGUAUGGGAAUUGUGAAAACGUAUCUGGCGGAUUCUUUCAAGACGCUACGGUCUCUUCUUUUUGUAUAGUCUCUAGGUUUUCUCUCUAUUUUGAGUGAUAUCUAGCCGUUGUUUUCUCUCAUUUUCGAGUAAUAUCUAGUUUUUUUAUGAGUUGGGGUUGUUUUUUGUAGGUAACAAGGUUGUUUAGACUGUCUUUUGCAAGGUUAAUGGGGUAGGCAAUUGAAGGAGGUUCUUGUUUUACUGUACUCAAGUUUUGUGGGAAUGAACUUGUAGGUAAGGGUGAGUAAUACGAUUGUUAAGAGUGAGUAAUAAGAUUGUUAUGAUAGCUUUUCGUGUCUUUUCUUUGGAUUAUUGUCAUAAUUUAGGUCUAGGGUUGAGAAGAAGUCCUUUGGUGGUGGUGAUUAUGAAAGGAGGGGCAAUUUUUGUUUUUUGCUAUGGUCUAGGAGAUCAUGUUGAACAAGUUUUUUUUCGUUGGGACUGCUUCUGCUUCUUCCUCUGAAACUGUUAGUUUGUUCAAAUAAUUCUGUGUCUCCUAACUAUGAAAUUUCGCUUUAAGAGGGGGGCACAUAAUUAUUUGAACAACCUGAUAUAAAGUUGUAGUACAUUUUCAACCUAAUAUGCUUCUCUUUUUACUUUUUUAAAAUUUUUUCACAAUGAGGUAGACAACAUAACAUUAUGUUAUUAUGAAACAAUAUUGCUAAUGACCGUUCAAGAUUCCAAUCUAAACGUUUUCGCAAAACUCGCAAAGUUUUACUCCAAACAGUAGCAGAUUAGGAGAUUGCGGCGACCUUGAACACCGCGUCCGACCGGUCCAAUUACCGGUUGAAUUCUCGCGGUCAUCGUCCGGGAGCUCGUCUGCGGUUUGAGUGUCACUUUUAUGACAUUGGUUUGUAAAGGGACACCAAUUGAAAGCUGUGUUUUAUGGGAAUUGUAUAGUAAAACGGUUUUUCACGGGUUUUUUGUUGGUUUAUGUUAUAGCGUCACUUGGCUUGUUUAUUGUGAUCUUAACUACAAUAUAUAUGUGCCGAAUUUGGACAAAGUUAUUUUUUUACUUUUUAAAGUAAAAUUUAUGUUUCGUUUGAUCUACAGUAGUCAAUGUAGGACUUUAUAGUCUUUUAUAUAAAAAAACUUAGACUGAAAAAAUAGAGUUCUUUAGGCUAUUAGUUUAUAUGUUGUAGUAGAUUUUCUGUGCUCCACAGAUAUUUUGUUUGAGAUUAACAGUACAAGCCAUGGCAUUGAUUAUAACGUGCAUCUACUGUGGCCUAUUAAUGGUCGUUAUUAAAAACGAAAGAUAAAUAGAACAGAGCUCGGAAGGAUAAAAGGUAUACAUGAUAUGCUUAUCAGUCGCGUAGAUCAACGUAAACGAAGAUUUGUUUGUAAACCGAAAAUAUGCAUAAACAAGAUGUACUAGAAAAUAACUUGGACUGUAGUAUAGCUUUUGGUACCUAUAUGUGGUAAUGUAUCAAAAAGUUUUGAAUUUUCUUUGUUUUAUGAUGAGGUUGUUUACUGUGGUUUAUAUUAUUGUCACACUAUCAGGAAAAUUCAAAAACAUUUUAAUAGAGUAAAAAAAUUAGGUACCAAAAUUAAUUCUACAGUCUAGUUAUACUCUUCUACAUCUUGUUUAUGAAUAUUUUUAGUUCAAACCCCAUCCUCUUGGUUCCACGUUGAUCUGUGGGGCUGAUAAUCAUCAUGUACACCUUUCCUCCCUCCGGGCUCUUCUCUAUUUAUCUUUUGCGUGUUUGAAUGGCCGGCUAAUUAAAAUUUUAAAAAUGGCCAGCUAAUUAAAACGUGCUUUCGUGUCGUUCUGGAUGUUCUGAUUUUGCGGCUUUCGAAGGGUAAAGCGGGGUUGUUUUAGCUUUAAUGACUAGUGAUGGGUAGGGCUGGGUGAGGGGAAUGGGGUUUUUGAUAGGAGUGGAGGGGUGGGGGGUGUUUGGAGGUCUUUUUAGAUUUUUGGGAGGGGUAUUCUGUCUGAUGGUUAAAAAAAAUUUGUGGUUAAGGUUACCUCUUGGGAAGGCUUGAUCAGGUUGAUUUUUUCAGUCAUAAAACUUUGUUUUAUCACUAUGAAUCUGAUACGGAAAUGUCAUUAGCUUUAUGACCUUAACCAUGUCCUUCAUGAUGGCAACCAAAACCUUAAUGACCAUAACCAUACUCACCUAACCUCCCACGGAAUGACCACUCCAAAAGUCGUAAACAUUUGCAAAUCGCAGUCCACUUAAUGUUUUUAUCAGGAAGCUGUUUAUUUGAUUAGUCCACUCUUGUCUCUCCGAUUUUAUUGCUCAGCACUUCUCACCCCCCCCCCUCCACCAAAUUUACAUGCAAAAGUCGUAAAAUGUUGGAGCGCGCCAAUGUUUUCCACACGACCUUCAACAUGUUUUUACUUCUUUUUUCUUUGCGAUACGUCAAGGAGAUCCAAACGUCUUCAUUCAAUAUUAUUAUAGGCUAGGUUUUAAGGUCAUUGAUUGGUUUUUGUUUUGUUUUAUGUAAACUUUGGGGGUGUUGGGAUAAUGGGGGUAAAGGCGCGGGUAGGGGUGGCUGUAAGGCUGGGUUACGGCGAUUUUUGAUAAAAGGCAGGGGUGGGUAUAUUAAUGGCUUUAAGACAGUGGUAGGGGUGAUUUUCUGUUGUUUUUUGUGGUUUUGGAUGUGAGAUUGAGGCUUUAUGUCUAAUUAUAUUGGACUAAGAUAGGUAAGCUUUUAGAUAACGUAAUUUUUGGGCAGGGGUGGAUUUUUCACUUUUUUAUUUUCAAAAUUUUUUUCAAUUUAAAAUUUUUCUUUUUGGCAGAUCCACCCCCUAAACCUUAAUUUUGUGAUUUGUUUAUGCACUCGCAAUAAAUUAGAGCUCUUAUGAUCGGUGACAUACCAACAGGCGUGUCAUCGGCUUCACCUCAGCCCGCCUUUCUCUUUUGACCUGCCCUUCAGCGGUUGUAAACUGGCCCAAAAGGCGGCCCGAAAUCGAUUUUUUGCACGUUUAAAUCUCUGCAAAAGUUCAUUUGAAUUUGGGUUUUGAUUCGAAAUUUUGUUUGAAAUUUGGAUUUUGGACGGAAAUUUUAUGGAGAUGGUUUUUGUUUUCAAAAAGUCUCUAGAAAUUGUUUUUUGGUCAGAAGCUGGCUGCAAAUUAAUUUUUUGGUUAAAAAUCUAAAAAGUGUUUUUAUGGUCGAAAAGUGUAUCGAAAUUAUUUUUCUGGUCAAAAAGUGUCUAGAAAUUAUUUUUGGGGUCAAAAAGUUUAUAGAAAAUCAAAAAAUAUGAUUUGUUGAUGAUGUGCAUAUGAUUCUAAGAACUUUUUGACCAAUUUUUUUUAUUUUACAAGUUAGUUUUUGGGUUUUAACGCUAAUUUUAAAAAUUUAAAAAUUUUGAAAAGUUAAAAAUUUUUUAAAUAUCUAAAAAUUUUAAAAUCGGACUUUUUUUGUAUAAGCAAGUUUCUGAAUUUUCUGUUUUUUAAACUUUUUUUUUUGAAAUUUCAAGUUAGACUUUACAAAAGUUUAUGGAAAUCCGGAUCAGCCGGAAAUCGCUGAGAAAAUGGCUUUGUACGAUUGUAAUUGGGAAUUGGUCAGGAGAUCCCUGUACUCUUCGUUUUGUUUUGGCUUGCAAAUUGAGAAAAUGUUUUGGGAAUCGCUUGGGUUUAGGGCUCUAGUGUAAUAUAUUGCGGAUUUGCGAGUAUUUUUGGAUUCUUAAUGUUAAUUGUUUGAAAACAAACUUUCUUGGUCAUAUAGACAUUUUUUACCGUCAAUAUACGUAUUUUACACUUUCAGAUUUCUGGUCUCGUCAGAUGUCACGACCGCAUCGACCCCCAUCCUACUGUUCUACUCAAAAUGGCGAUCAAUUCUCGGUUCGAUCGCUUCAAAUGUCCAAGAGUAUGUGUGGAUCAGCUCAAGAGUUCGACGCUAGACAGUUGGACAGUCCACCGACGAGAAGAAGGUCUACGUUGAGGUUGGGUACGGCUACAGUUCAGGAUUAUUCGACUGAGAUGAAGCCGGAAAAGAGCCGGAUUCAGAUGGGAACGGCUUGUAGUGGAAACGGUAGGGUUUUUGAUGUGAUUAGGAGGGUUUCUUGUGUUAUCAGAGGUGUUUUGGGGUCAAUAUUAUGUAUAAUAAAACAGGUUUUGAGUUUAAGGUGUUUACUUAUAUUGUUUUAGCCAAUCAACUCCGAAAGAGCUACUCGGCGUUCAGUGGCAUCAGUAUGGCCGAUUCUCCACAAACACGGAAGCGAAUGGAGAAGGGUCAGAAGUUGCGGAAACCUACCAAAUUUUUCAAAAAUCUGUUCUCUUCAAACACAAACAUCAACAACAACUACGACCCCAAGGAUGGGUAUACAGUACAAUCAGAUUACUUUGUUCCCGGCAUCAAAAGGACCGUUUCUAGGUGGGUUUAUGGUUAUUUUGAUAUGUUUUUGAUGUAGGAACGGGUCGAAGUUAAAAUAUUUUGAAAUUGCAGAAGAAUUUUUAAAUUUAAAAAUUUUUUAAAUUUUUAAAAAAUUAAAAAAUUUUGGUAUAUUUGGACCUAAAGCAACAUGCCAAUUGAUACAAAUCAAAAUUUUGUUUUUUUUUAAAUCAAGAACAACCAUUACUCUUUCCCUUUUUAUUCCUUCCCCCCUCAUAUACUGUGAGCUUAUUCCACAUCACAAUGUAACGAUGUUGCUCUGCAAAACCUGGUCGUAUCGCGUCACAUAACGUGUUGAAUUAAGACCAAAGUUAAUCGAUUACUAAUUAAAGACGUUUCUAAUUGUUUUAAGGCGUUUUCAAUCAGCUUUUGCAAAUGUCAUUUUAUUCAAUAUGGGUCUUAUAUUAACCUUUUGGUUUUUCUGUAUUACUCUUUCGUUGAUUACAAUAAAUUUAGAGUCUUUGAAUAUUAUAUUAUAAUAGGUUGGUCAAAUGAUUCUGCUCUUUUGCAAAGAAAAUGUUUGGGGUUAGGGGGCCUAUAAUUAUUUGAACAACCCAAUAUUAACCUUUUGGAUAUUCUAUUAUAUAUUAAACUUUUGCUGAUUCCAAUAGGUUAUAGCCUUUGAGCAUUAGAUAACAUCCAGCAAAACGGUAGGAAUGUUAUUUUUAAAGCAAUAUUGAAACGGUAAAAGGUUAUUGUUGGAGUAAAAACAGUAAAAGCUACUUGUUUACAAAGAAUUGGGUGGGGCGAUAUAUCGGUGAUAUUAUUAUUGAUCAAAUUCAAAACAUAUUGAUACGGUUUUGUAAGUGUUACUAUAGAAAUUUUGGGGAAAUGGUUUUUGUAUGGAAGGUAUAGGUGUAGUAUCUUUGUAACGUAUUAUUAUUAUUUUAUUGCGAUUAUAAUAAUUGAUAAGGGCUAUAUUUAGAGAGAUUUUGGGUUGGAAGUAUGGCUUGACAUAGUCGUUUUUCAUUAAUUUGCUACUUUUUAACAAUUUUGUUAGUUUUUGAAAAACGACAAUUGCCAUGUUGUUAGCUAUGAAAAAGAGUGUUUUUUUGCAAUGUUUUGUAGUUUUAUCGAAAAUGGCAGCAAAAUCACAGACUUUUGAAACUUAAAAGGUUAGAUUUUCUCGGCGGAAUCGAACUUUCUUGGGCUUUUCGGCUUUUAAAUUGCCACAACUUUUUGACAUGGGAAGAUUAGACAUGAAACUUUUUUGAAAUCUUGGUAAUUUCUACAACUUUUUUUUUAAAUUUUAUAUACUUUUUACGUAUCGACAAAACGCGUUAUUAUAUUUCUUAAAAUUUUUAUUUAAUUUGUACAAGAUAGGGAGCGGUACAGUAAAAUUACUGUAACUUUUAAAAAAACGUCAAUUUCAAAAAUUUUUGUUUUUGUUUGAGGAACAAUAUAAUUUUUUACCAUUUUAGAGAAUUUUACCUUUAUACCUAUUUUUGAAAAAAAGUUAUGAAAAAAAUACUAUUUUACUUCACUCUUUUACUAUUAUACUAUGCCUGAAGAUUUUACAAAGCCUUCUAUUUUCAACAUUUAACUCAAAAAUCCGGAUCAAAUAUGCAAAUUUGGGAUGUUUUAGAGCGAGGGGUAUUGAAUUAUGAAGCCUUUAUGCGAUUUGCAAGACUUGUCCUCUCCCCUUUCAGAUUAUAUUUCUAAUGGAUCACCCCUCGCCCUUGCACCUUUCGCUUGCUCUCGCGGUUUGUUUUGCGGGUACCCCAACAUUAGGGGAAUACAACGUUUAAACGUGACUAAAUUGUUUUGAGAGAACGUUUGUCGUUUAUUUAUUAACGUUCUUACGCGUGGCAGGGGGUUGUGGGUUUAUUGUGGUUUGGGGUGGAUGAGGUGGGUUUUUGAAAGUUAAAAUUAAUUUUAAGGUUUGGGACAAAUGAAAUGUGUAGGGAAUGUUGAAAAAUGAUUUUUUAUGAUUAGAGGGAUGUAGUUUUUUUUUAAUUUGGAAGAAAGCGAUUUUUUAUUUUAAAAAUUUUCAUUUUGGAGAAUUUUGAUGGCUAUACCUAUAAAAUGUUGAUUGUUUAGUAGGUUCUGACUAAUUUAAAAACGUUGCAUAGAAACAUAUGAUGUAAAAAGCCUUACAGAAUCAUAUAAGAGUAUAUAGCAUGUUAAAAAUGGCAGUAUACUUUAGAUACGAUUGGUAAAACUAAAAUUUUUGGGUUUUUUAGGCUUUUUUAAUCUUUUUUAAAAUUUUUCACUAUAAAAUGCUCUUUUCAGUAGUCAAUCAGAAGCCUCGUUGUGGUCGAGCUCAGACUGGACUCCCAACUGUGACCAGUGUCAUCGUUCCGGCCGUUCCAACGACCGGCCCGUGAUCACAAAGACCUUCCCAUCAACAACAUCAAUCUCAUCAGUCGGAUCAUCGACGGCAGCGUCGUUGAAGAAAGGACUCACAAACAGAUUGUUAUCAUUCCGUGGCCAACAGAAUUCAAAGGAGAGAGUCGGCCAACAACCCUUGACCAAAGACAGGAUUGGUCAGCCGACGGCUAUUGGAGUGCAGCCUGCAUGCAAAUUGGUUCAGCCUGCGCCCAGGCCUGGUGUGAUUGGGAGAAAGUCGAAGGACGACAUGUGUGAACAGAGUAAGUGUUUCAAUUUAUUUGCAUUUCUUGGGAUCCGAAAGGUUUAGAUCGCAGUCGAAAAGGCGGCUUUUAUGCGAACUUAAGGCCCUGAGGGCUAAAUUUAUUCGAAUUUUGGGUUUUACGGAGAUUUUUGGUUGAAAUUUGAUUUUGUUUUGUUUCUUAUGAGUAUGAGGGUUGUAAUGUACAUUUUGGGAACAAGUAUUAAAAAAGUUUUGUCGUUUUUUGACGUGGAAAGCUUCAUGAUUGUGCGACAAGAGUUUUUUUGGCACUUGUAUAGUUGUUAUGGUCUGUUUUAUAAAAUGUAUAUUAAAGUACUGUCAUAGGCAUACCACUAAAACCUAUAAUUUGCCUUCAAACCCCUAAGGCUCUGUUUUAGUUAAACCCAAUGCCCUGGGGCAGGUUUGUACUUUUAAGCGAGCUUAACGUUCUCAGGACACUUUUGUUGUACUUUCGAGAGCAUUUAACGAGUAUUUUUGGUGUUUUUGUUUCGUUACUCUUUAAAAAGUAGUCGAUGUAAGUAGUUAAGAAGCCUCUUUAAAGGUUUUUUUGGAAUUUGAUGAUUUUAGGUAACGAAAAAGGUUGUUAGAGGAUAGGGAAGUAAUUACGGGGAAAGUACGUUGUUUUUGCAUAUUCUUUUUAAGAAUAGCUUUUGCUAAAUUACUAUAAGGACAUUGAAUCGACAAAAGAUAGGUAGUAGGUAUCUAGUAUAAUAUAAGCUUGAGGCAAAAGGUAUGUUUUAAUGUUCUCUUACUGCCAUUUUUAACUUCAAACUUUACCAUAUAAUACUAUAUAAAACUUACUUUCAGUGAACGCAAUAAAGGCUCGAAAGAUGCCCCUAAGACGGGGUAAUACCGACCUAAGCGCUCAUCGACUUGCUGUCUAUCAACCGUCAACGUUAACUAGAGAACGGUCAGCCACGUUUGUCAAAAGUAGUCCUCCGACCACGGCGGUACCACCAAUGGUCCCACCCCACGGUAGGCUGAAUGCAGAAGCCAUGCAGAAGUGCAUCGACGAAAUGCGAAUGCGAAAGUAGGUUUUUGCACUUUUAAAACGCGAAAAAAAUUUAAAUUUUGAAAAAUUUUUUGAAAAUGGAAAAAAUUUUGAAAUUUUAAAUAUUUUUAAAUUUUGAAAAAGUUUUAAGUUUUAAAAUUUCAAUUUACUGUUCUUGCAGAAUUGACAACAACAACUCAUUCUCCUCAUCCAGUACCUAUUCAGCUAAAAAUGACAGUUCGAACGAAGACAAACCGGCGAAAUCAUCAAUGAACAAUAACAACCGGCUGUCAGUACCAAAUUUGAAUGAAAAUGAAAAUAGUGACAAUGAGAAUAUUAAAGCGCCAACGGCUAAAUUGGGUCGAAAUGGCAAUGGAGAACUUCAGGUGGGGGUGGUUUUAAAAUUGUUUUGAUUUUUGAAAAAAUUUUUAAUUUUUUGAAAUUUGAUAUUAGGUUGUUCAAAUGAUUCUGGGCCUUCUGACAUGGAAAAUUUAGUUGGAGGGGCUCAGAAUUAUUUGAAAAACUUUAAACUUUUUUUUUAUUUUUUUUUUAUUUUUAAUGACACUUUUUAAUGAUUUUUUUUAUUUUUAGGCAUUAUUUCGAAUUAAAUUUUUUUUGAAGUUUUUGAAAAUAUUAAUGUAGCCAUUCCAGACCAUAAACGAAGGCCUAAUCACGCCGGUCGUCCGCCGAAAACAUCCCCAACGCCAAUUCGUACGCAUUCCUCCGAAUAAUUCCGAGCUCUCUUCGACGUUACCACGGUAAGUGAAUCAGGGGCAGAGUCAUCAGUCUUAUUAGAGAAAAGUUUGGCCAUAUGGGCCAAGAGAUGGCAAACCCCGUGUGCAAACCUUUUUCACACGCAAAACUCGGGAAAUGAAGUGGCCGAAAUCCGAUUUCAAAGAUUAACGCCGCAGGGCGUGAUAAAAGGGGAAAUAGUUAAAAUGUUUUUUGAGAUUUGGAGAUUUUGGAAGGGUAAAAUACGUGCGUUUUAAUUGCUUGGUUUUAAUAAAAUUUUUGAUCAAAAUUUAAUGGUAAAAUCUUUUUUUUAAUUUUUUAAUUUAUGACAUUGAAGAAGGCUAAAAUACGGUUAUUUUUGCUUUCGCUAGACAUUUAUUACCUAAAAAAUAUUUUUGCUAUUUUUUAAAGGGGUUUCUUUUUGAGAAAAAUUUUAAUUUUGCCUACUUUUUGAAAAAAGAAGCGCACUGUAAAACCGAACAUACGCCGAUUGUAUUACAUUGAACAUACGGUCAUGUUUGGAAUCAAGUUUCUUGUUUUCGCUAAAUUACUCAACUUUGUAAAAUUUAAGUAGCAAGCUGUGCAUGCUUUUGAAAAGGACUGGUAUUUUGUCAAACUUUGUAAAUUUUUUGAUUUUUUAUUAUUAAAAAUCAAAAUUAUGAUAAAAAAUUGGUAAGAGUACUGUCACAUGAGCAAUUUUUGUUUGGGAGGAAGGCUUUAGCUGUAAAAUGCAUUUUUUAAAUUUUCUAAUGGUUUUAAAAUAUUUUUUAAGGUUGUUAACAUAAUGAGGGUAGAACAAAAAUUUUUUGUGGGCUUUGGCACCUACUGCUUUGGUUGUGACCUUUAAGGACGGCUUUACUUAACAUCAUGACAGCUCAUAUCCAAACUCUCUAUAACACUAAACCUUUCCAAAAAGUGCAUGAGACCUCAAUCUAUCGAAAAUGGAAUAAAAAUAGAUUAAAAAAGUGCAAUUAGCUAUAAUUUAGAUUUUAAAAAAAUUAUUUUGAAAAAUUGUAUAGUCCAAGUUAAUUGUCAUUGCUUUGAAUAGCUUUAAAACGGCUGUGGUGACCUUUUAUAAUACAGUUUUUAUUGCGCAGUCAUUCUUUAUAUGUAAUGAAAAAAUAGUUUUAGUUUUGGAUGGCACUUUAUGAUCCGAAAAAUAUUAUGGUUUUUUUUAAUUGGUGAAGAAGUUUUGUCGUUUUUGGCUAUAGUUUUGCAUGGCAAUAAGUGACAAGACUUAUAUGAUUCUUCAAAAACUUAUGAUGGGUUUUUUUGUUUGGUAUAUCGAUAAGUGGGCUUAUAAGUGACCUUGAAAUAUGUUUUUACGGCCUUACUUUUUUAUCACCAGAUUGUCCAAAUACGGAUGAUCCUGUUAAUUUCAAAAAAUAAUUUUUUGGCUCAUUAAUAUUUGGACAAUAUGUUAUUAUAAAUACAUUUAGACAGUAGGGUUGACUCCUCAAGGUCCUUCCUAUAUAAAUUUAAAAAUGACUUCGGAUCGACUGCCCGAAAACAAAUAAUAAGACAAAUAAUACCGCUCCCAAACCAAGAAUCGACCUUUCAAAGAGCAUUAUUGGCACGACGCCGUCGUUCCAAUCAAAUCCCAAAUCGCAUCGAUCAAGGUUCAGAUCGAUUGGACAUUUCUCUGAUUUUUGCUGAGUUUAAGGAGGGGAGGGAGAGGCUUUUUCAAGUGGCUUUUCUGAGUGACCAGUCUUACCUAAACUUGUUGUUUUUUAAUUUUUAAAAUCAGUUUAAAACUUGAAAAUGGCUUGUAAAUUAAAAAAUGAGUCAAAAAAUUGAAAUUGAGCUCAAAUUUCGUUUUUUUCCGAAAUUUCGGUUGCGUAAAGCCGGACGCUAAACAGUUUGUGACCUUGGGUCGAGAGGGCUCACGAGGUUAAUAGCGACAAAAGUGCGACAAAAAACUUUUGAAUUAACUGUUUCACUUUUGUAAACGAAUACUGGUUUUUCGAAUUUUGAGAAGGGAAAGGUCGUGGGGAGGACGAUUUUUUGGCAGUGGAGGGGGAUUUUUGCUUAAAAAUAUUAUACUUGGUUUGGGCGGGGUUUUUUCGAUUUUAAAAUGUAAUGCUUGGUUUAGGCUGUUUUUGGAAGUAAUUUGUAAUUGAGAGGUGGUUUGAGGACAUAAACGGCGGAGAGGGACUUAAAUUUUUGAAAGAAGUAAAAGUAUAGGGCACAUAAUUAAUUGAAAAACCCAAUACAAUCUUUAAAAUAGUAAAAGGUUUCUUUUUUAGUCAAAUGCUGUCUACUAUAAUAUAAAAGGAUGAGUAUGAAUAGAACUUUUUUUUUCAUAAUAGUUUUAAAUGACCGUCGAUUAACCUGAGGUCACGUAAUUGGCGAGAUUUCGUGAAACGGAUUUGGUGCGAGAUGAAACGGAGCCGAUUCUAAGAAUUCUUAUUGAUUUUCGAGUUUUGCAGAAGCUGGUUUUAUAGAUUUGUUGACACAUUUUGUUUAUCAUACUUUGAUUUUGUGAAUUUUAGGUUGUGAAAAUAAAAUUUUUACUAAAAAGUUGGUCUAGGUCAUGUAUAAUUAAGUUUUUUUUUAACUUUAUAAUAUAAUGUCUUACCUUUCAGUAAAGGUAUAUAUUGCGGAAAAUUGUAAAAUACGAAUGUUGAGGCAAAAAGUACGAAUUUUGAUUUUGACGACUAUAGCUUGAGUUCUGACCACUUUAUAAUGACAAUAUUUUCAGAGACCUCCCAUCCUCGGCAUCAUCAACUUCCUCAACUUCAUCGACCCAUUCCAAGGACGAUUACAGCCUGAGGGAUCAAAUUACGGCGGCUGGUGAUUAUCAACGUCGACCCUAUCAAACCUCAUCACCUAGAUUAUUGAACACGUCUCAGAGGAUUCAAAGUCAAUCUCCCAGAAGUGUGCAUCAAUCUAAGGCUUCUGCUUCUUUUGGCGAUCGUUCCAAGACUUUUGAUUCAGACCGUUCUAAGAAUUCAGAAGGCUUUGGAGCACGGUACCAAGAUUCUGAAUCUUAUACUGGAUCAUUGAAGGCUUCUGAAGGGUAUCCUACUGGACGCAGUAAGGAUUUGGAAGCUUAUGGUCAAGGUUUAAAGGAUUCAGAAGGCUAUAAUCAACGUGUCGGAAAUUCAGAACUUUAUACUGGAUCAUAUAAAGAUUCACAACCUUACCAACGCUCAAAAGAUUCAGAAUACUUUACCAACUCUCCGAAGAAUUCAGAAACCUACUCUUCAUCAUACAAACCCGCAAACUUGUCUCCAGCACAAGCUUCAGAAUCCUCGACAGCUCUCGACAUCUCACCACGAUCCGAAUUAUCAUCGACCACAAAUCGACCGGACCGUUUCACACAGUGGCGAAAGAAUCAGGAAGACGCGAGUAGCCAAACCAAUCCAGUCUCCACCAACUGGUCAGCCGUCAACGAAGAGCUCAAAAGUAGACACAACGUCGCGAAAGUAAGUGGCACUAAUUAAGGAAUUACAUUGGGUGGGGAGUGACAUUAGUGUUAUGAGCGGUCAUAUUGGGAAGCACAGUUGUUUUACUUUAGGAGGGAAGAGGGAUGGGUAAGGGGGAGGAGAAGGGGAUGGAUGAGGGGCGAGGUGACUGUUUGGGACUUUGCUGGGGGAGGGCAGGGAUUAGUAUAAAAAAAUGGGUGGGUAGUAGAUCUGUAAAGGGAUUGGGCAUCAUUUUUUUAAUUGGCUCAUGGGCUGGUCCUUGGUUUGGGUUCCGCUCCUUGGCCUACGUGUGCCGGUCCUACCCUUUUUAUGUCGUCUUUCUUCAGCUUGGUCAGCCCGGCCUGGGUUCUGUUGAGAUCGGGGUGGUCCCGGUGGGCUUCUUUUCAGGUCUAGUGGGGAGAGAGGGUAUGUUUUUGAAUUUUAAAAUUUUUUUUAUUUUGCUUUACUUCUUGACCUACUUUUAACUUUUUGUAUAAGUAUUGGUCACAAAGUUAAGAUUUUGUAAAAUACGGUUUAGGCUUAAUGGGCUUUUAAAUUUAUUAGUGAAUUUUUUAUUAAUUUCACGCUAGAUUAACUUUCAUUUAUAUUAUAGUACUUUACAGUAAUUAAACUACCUAAUUUUUUGUUUUUUGCUUUCAAAAUUUAAAAUUAAAAAACUCGAUUUCGCGGAAAAUUUUUAAAUUUAAAAUUAAAUUUAUGGUUUGUUCAACUUGAUUUUAUACUUAGUUUAACUUAAGUUAUGGCUGCUUUAACUAUUUAUUAGGGUGUUCAAAUAACUCUGAGCCUCUUCUCAAAGCAAAUUUUUAGGAUUUGAGGGCACAGGAUUAUUUGAACAACUUUGGGGUUUAGAAUUUUUUGAACAAUUUUUUGGACCUCGGGGCACAGAAUUACUUGAAUAAGUCUUUUUUGGAGUUUGGGGCUUAGAAUUAUUUGAACAACCAAAUAUUAUUUUUACUGUAGAACCUCAACGCAAAAAGUGAUAUUAUUUAUGGCUAUUUAAAUUUUAUGGUUCAAGUGACCGUCUUGACCUUCGGGGGCGAACGAUCUUUCACUACCGGUCGGAUUUCCCGGGUUUUUCCACUUGAAAAACAAUAAUAAGAAACGAUUUGGCUUGAAGUGUAGAGCAAAUACCGGAUAAUAUGCAUUAAUAUUUGGGUUCAUUUAUAUUAUCCUUGCUGUAGCUUUAUUAUUAGGGAUUUUUGUUUGAUAUUGAAUUCUUUGUCUUGAUAAUGAAGGUUUUUUAGGUUUUUACCAUAGAAACUAGGUUUUUAGCUAAUAUCUUGGCAAUAAAAGGUAGAUAAAAGGGUUUAUAAUUGAUAUACACCAACUUUUUGCAAUAUUUUGAGGUUUAUUCAACUUUUCUGGUCAAAAAGUAUAUAGAAAACUAAGAAAAACAUCCUAACUUAUCUCUAAAUACGUUUUUCAAUAAGUUUUUGACCAAUAUAAUAUUGAUAUGAAUGCAUUUUAUUGCGCAAACCAUCAAUUAUGCUUGAUUAGGCCCGCCGGCUCCGAAGCGAGAUGAUCCGGCUUUGAACGGUUUUCCUGUUUCCCGGUGUUGUCAUACCUUAGAUAUGGAUGUUCUACUCUUGUUUUUAAAAAGAACAGGCUUUGGAAUGAUAUUCUGUUUGUUUGGGGACAAUUUAGAAGAUUCUUGGGAUGGUUUUCGAGGUCUUAAUGGGUGAUAACUUUUAUAUUAAGGUAUCUGGAAGACUAGAAAACAUUUACAAACAAUUAUUUGUUUAAUAACAACAAAAUUAAAACUUAAAACUCUUGAUAAACUCACUAAAAUCCAUGAAAUUUUAGGUAAAACCUCAACCAGUUCAACGAACUCUCUGCAAAUUCAUGGAUACAGAAGCUCAACGGCCUUCUGAAUACGCGGAAAUCCAUGAAAAUUUUGAAAAGAAGGAUCUGGAAGAAGAUGAUUGUGUUAGUGUAGCAGGCACGGUAUUCAACGAACCUUGGGAUUCGAAUGCAUGGGAGAAUCUUCUCGAUAUUGUACAUUUCUACGACGAAAAACCAACCAAAGCCAAAGCUAAAGCCGUUUAUUUGGGUAAGGAAAAUGCACUUUAAAGUGUGAAUUUAAAGUUCUUAAAAGGAAUUUAAUUUUUUUGCAGGUUUUGAUCAGAAAAAUAGUUUUUUUUGUGUUUUAGGUAAUAAUAUAAAAAAAGCUAAAUAGAGAUUUUUGGAUAUUCUGGGCAAAAUAAUGUUGAACUAAAGCAAAAAGCUAGUUUUAUUGGCUUUUUUUGGCUAAAAUAUUGGUUAUGGUUUGACUUUCGGCAAAAAAAAUAAUUUUUUGGUUUACUUCAGAUUUAUAUUAUGUUAAAUAAACGAUUUUUUUGGUCUUUUCUUUAGCUGAAAAUCAAAUUCUAAUUAGAAAAACAGAUGUUCUCUCUUAUCUAAUUUAUUUUUCUUUAGUUUAUUCAUUGGUUUCUGCAAAUGGAAACGUUUUUCUUUACAAAUAAUAUCAAAAAAAGCAUCUUAUCCUUCAUAUUUCAACUGUUUUCUUUAAUCAAGCUUUAAAACUUCUAUUUUUAAAGCCACAAUGACGCUAGAUAGUAAUAUAUUCUUUUCAGAAUGUUGUGCCAACGAGACGAUAGCAGAAGAAGACGAUAACCUCUCCUGUUCAGCCGGUUCAGCAGCUUCAACCUGCUCCAAGACCUCAUUCCCCAACCAAACUCUUCAUUCCAACUCAGACGUUGAAGUACAAGAAGUACCAUUAAGCGUAGACGACGCUCCGGAUUCAGAUGACCAUUUCGAACAAUUCGACAAUUUCAAAACAGAACCAUUGACCAUAAAUGACAAUAGGAAUUGGACCGAAGUCUCGAAAAGGAUACCUUCAGAGCCAGGCACUUUCGACUCGAGAAGAGGAAAGAGCAGUUCGUUGAUGAAUGUGAAUGAAGAUUACAGGUUUAUGAGUCCAUUGUUGGACACGAGAAGCAUGAAACACAGAGCUAUGACACCAGGAAUGUAUGGACAGGUGAGAGAUCAGUUAUAUUGUUAUUAAAGACUCAAAGCCUAGUUAUAAAGAAAAUACUUAUAUUGGAUUGUUCAAAUAAUUAUGCGCCUUCAACCACGAAAAUUUGCUUUGAGAAAGGGCUCAGAAUUAUUUGAACAACUAAUAUUUUGAUUAAUUUUACGGAAAACGUUAUUUUUGUAGAAUGUCUAGAAAAUGUGUCAUCUUCUUUUUCAAAAAAUUGAUUUUUUUGUUAAUGCAUGUUAAGAAAAUAUGGCAUUUACUCAUAUCCUUUUAUUUCUACUUGUCUUGACACAGAUUUUCAUAAAUAUGUUAACGUAUAAGCUUUUGUCUAUAAAAUGUGUCAUCUUUAAUUUUGUUUUAAAUUUUUUCAAAUUUAAUAUUUAAGUUUUCAGUCCCACCUCUGCGACUCGAUGGACGAACUCUCCAUGACCUUACCCUCGGUUCUUCCAGCCAUCUCUCCAGCUCGUCUCCGUUCAACUGACCGAAUGCCAGACCCAGGAUUCCGAAUCCAACGUUACGUCGAACAACUGGCUACAGAUUCUACAACAACAUUCGGAGCAACUUUACAGCAAUUCAUCGAAUGCACAAUUGAUGCAGGAGAGAGUGAUCCUCAUGUUGUGAUAAGAAAUGUCCGACAGUUUCUGAAUGGAAUCAAGAACUAUCUGGUCAAGAACGGAGAGGCCGAUCUACUACAAGUUAUUGAGGAAGAGAGUUCCAAGUUGAAUCCGAAUGAGUUUCUGAACAUCGACGCGAUUCUGGAGGCGGUUCUACACAAGAUAUUGUUGGGUAAGGGAUUUAUGUUGGUUUAUGAGAUUCGGAGAGUUGUUUUUGAUGGAAAAAUUGAUUUUGUUACCUAAAUUUUGAGUUUUGGUUUUAGGCUAUAAAGUUUAAGAUUUUUAAAAUUUUUAUAAGCUUGUUGGUUUUAGAUUGUCAAAAUUAAGGUUUUGUAAAAUUGUAGACUUUUUGUUACCUAAAUUUAAGUUUCAGGUAACAAAAAUACUAGAUUUAUAGCUAAAAACUUACUUUACCUAUAAUUACCGGUUUUAUAUCAAUAUUAAUAUUAUCCUUUCUUUCAGUCCCAAUCAAGCCCCAUCUAUACCACCUGAUGUGCCGUGAGAACAUUCGAAAUGGCUCAUUCGAGACGUUAACUGCCAAUCUCUCCAAAGUCCGCACGAUGCGGCCAGAACAGCUCGGCUUCCCGAAAGGCACGAUCGCUCCGGAUUCCAAGAAGAUGGAGCAGGUCAGGAGCUGUCUGAGGAAGAUGCAGAGCCAUUACUCUCCACUGAAAAAGCUGGAGAACUUGUUGAAGGCGCUGAAUGUCGUGGUGGGACCUAACCGGUCGUUGAUUCGAAGCUCCAAGAAGCUACCGGCUGCUGACGGUAUGGUUUUUGAUAUUUUUUGGUAUUUUAGGGAGUUUUGUGAAGGAUAAUAUAACUGUUGAUGGUUUGUAUUGGCAAUACAGCUAGCUGUUGGUUUAGGCAACAUUAAGAAAGAUCUUCCUUUAUGUUGUCUAUAGUUAGUUUUUGAGUUACAGAGCUUUUACACUAUCUUAUUCACCUUUAAAGCUCUAGAACAAGGUUUAUAUUACCUUUAAAACUAUUGGCUUUAAUAAUUUUUUAUUUCAGAACUGAUCAGAUGGUUGGUAUUCUUGUUAGCACGAACAUCUUCAGUAUCUUGUGAAGUAGAAGCAUGGUAUAUGUGGGAGUUACUACCACAGCAAUUGUUAACAACAGGCGAUGCUGCCUAUUACUUAUCAACCCUCUUAUCAGCUGUCCAUGUCCUGAAGAACUUGGACAGUAUUCAACGAUUGAAGUUUAUGAGUAACGAACCCAACUUUAGCACUCCACAAUCGGUAUGUUGUUUUAGGUUAUUACUCAGUAAUAUCUUAAUUUCUUAAUUAAUUAUUUACUCUGUAAAUGCUGUUACAUAACGGCAUUUACAGAGUAUUAUUCAAAUUAUUAUGGCCAAGCCUAUUAUAUUUUUAUAAAAAUGUUUGUAGAGCCUUCGAUGUUGUAUAGAAGAAGCGUCGGACGCCUACAUUCGCGUAGCUAUACCAGACGAACAAAAGGGUUCUAUUGAGUACCAUACGUUCCCAGCGGUCGCACAAAUGAAUGUAGCUAGGCUGUGCCGAGUAAUAGCUCAUCAGCUAGCUAUUACGAAUCCAGAAGACUAUGGAUUGUAAGUUUGGCUUUUUAUUGAGGUUUUUUGGGUGUUUCGCUUAUAUUAUAGUAGGUAGUGGGAUGUUUUGAUGUAAACUAUUUUAAAAAUUUUUUGAAUUUCUGUUGCAUUUCGAAGUCAAAAUAAUGAAAGUAUUUGUUAACAUUACCAAAUCCUUGCUAAUAUUACCUAUUCUUCCAGAUGUGUCCUCUACGAUGGCUACGAGACCUGUCUAAACGCCAACGAAUGCCCCGAUGCCAUCCGUCAACAACUGAACGAUACCGGCAAACCUCACCUCUUUGCCUACAAACGGCACGACGCCAAGAUUGCAUGGCCCUCCAGUGCGGUACAAUUGACCAGCACCUGUGCCAAGUCCCCUUCUCAACACUCCCAUCUGAUCUAG